AUGAACUCCAGAAAAGUGCUACUUUGGACCAAUUUAAAAUACCAUUUUCCUUAUAUAUUGAUAUUACAACAAAUUGACUACAAAAAACAGCUUCUUCAAUUAAUCUCUUCUCUUUGUAUACCUCUCUUCAAGUCUAGCUAUAAGCCUCUAAGGAAUAAACAGACUCAUCAACAGAAUCAUAAGAAAAUGAGAGAAACCAUAUCAGAAACAUGUUUGGUUAUGAUCAUUGUGAUGUUGGUGACUGCAUUAUUUGCAAGACUAAUUCAAAUCAAGAAAAGCAUAUGGAGAUUACCGCCCGGAAGGAGAGGUUGGCCUUUGAUUGGUGACAGUAUCAAUUGGUACAAUGCUGUUGCAAGUUCUCAUCCUCCUCGGUUCGUCGAAGAAAUGGCGCAAAGGUAUGGUAAGAUAUUUUCUUGCAGCCUAUUUGGAAAAUGGGCAGUGGUGUCGUUGGAUCCAAGUUUCAACCGUUUUGUAAUGCAAAACGAAGGGAAAUUAUUCGUGUCAAGUUAUCCGAAAUCUUUUAGAGAUUUGGUUGGUAAAAAUGGUGUGAUUACGGUUCAAGGAGAUCAACAAAGGAAACUACAUGGGAUCGCGUCAAAUAUGAUGCGGCUAGAUAAGCUUAAGUUCCAUUUCAUGAAUGAUAUACAAAAUGUCAUGAUCCAAACUUUGAGCCAUUUUAGCAACAAUCAAGUCAUUCUUCUCCAAGAUGUUUGCAGAAAGGUAGCUAUAAAUUUAAUGGUUAAUCAACUAUUAGGAGUUUCAAGUGAGUCUCAAGUCAAUGAAAUGGCUCAAUUGUUUUCUGAUUUUGUCGAUGGUUGUUUAUCCAUUCCAAUCAACAUUCCUGGCUCUUCAUACCACACUGCCAUGAAGGCAAGGGAGAAGAUCAUAAGCAAGAUAAACAAGAUCAUAGAGACAUACAGAAAAAACGGUGCUGCAAAAGAAGGUACUAACAAUGGUGUACUUGGAAGAUUACUAGAGGAAGAUAGCUUGCCAGAUGAGGCUGUUGCAGACUUCAUCAUCAAUCUUCUCUUUGCCGGCAACGAAACAACCACAAAAACAAUGCUUUUUGCAGUUUAUUUCCUUACUCAAUGUCCUAAUGCCAUGAAGGAACUUCUGGAUGAGCAAGAUUCUCUAAGAACUGAUUCUGGUGAAGAAUUUCUCACAUGGCAGGACUAUAAAGCAAUGCCAUUUACUCAAUGUGUUAUUGAUGAAACGCUUCGACUUGGAGGCAUUGCAAUUUGGUUAAUGAGAGAAGCAAAAGAAGACAUUCAAUACCAAGAUUUUGUUAUUCCAAAAGGAUGCUUUGUGGUUCCAUUUCUUUCGGCGGUUCAUUUAGACGAAAAGGUAUAUGAGGGAGCUACAAACUUCAAUCCUUGGAGAUGGACGGAACCUGAAAAUGAAGAAAAGAGAAACUGGAGAACUAGUCCAUUUUUUGCACCCUUUGGAGGAGGUGCUAGAUUUUGUCCGGGAGCCGAGUUAGCUCGGCUUCAAAUCGCUCUUUUUCUUCAUUACUUUGUAACAAAUUAUAGAUGGAAACAAAUGAAGGAAGAUCGAAUGUCCUUCUUUCCGUCAGCUCGGUUAGUGAAUGGCUUUGAAAUUUGUUUAACUAGAAGACAUGAUGAUAAUCAAAGAAACUGA